AUGGAGGCAAAGAAAGAUGCCCCCCCUGGGGGGGAGGGAGGAAAGUCAGACACCCUCGGGUCCACUGGCUCAGCCAGAAAAAGAGGCGGGGGGGCCAAGAAGGCAAUGCAGGCGAACAAGUCUGCCCUCAGGGCCCCCCGAGCCCUCUGCUGCCUCACCCUGAGCAACCCCAUCCGCAUGGCAGCACUGGCCCUCGUAGAGUGGAAAUAUCCUUCUCUCCCUUUUGAUAUUUUCAUUCUGAUGGCCAUUUUUGCCAACUGCGUGGCCAUGGGCGUCACCAAGCCGUACCCCGACGACGACUCCAACGCUACCAAUCACCAACUGGAACAAGUUGAGUACGUCUUCCUCGUCAUCUUCACCAUCGAGACCUUCACUAAAAUCCUCGCCUACGGCUUAGUCAUGCACCCCAGCGCCUACAUACGCAGCGGAUGGAACUUGCUCGAUUUCGUUAUCGUCAUCGUCGGGUUGUUCAGUGUGAUGGCGGAGGGCAUGACGGAUCAUAAGCCAGGAGAGGCCCAUCAUGCUGCGGGAAAACCCGGAGGCCUCGAUGUCAAAGCUCUCAGGGCAUUCCGGGUGUUGCGACCGCUCCGCCUCGUAUCCGGAGUGCCAAGUUUACAAAUCGUGUUGAACUCCAUCAUGAAAGCCAUGGUCCCCCUUCUGCACAUCGGUAUGUUGGUCAUGUUCGUCAUCAUCAUCUACGCCAUCAUCGGCUUGGAGCUUUUUAUCGGCCGGAUGCACAAGACGUGCUACUCCAGCAGCACAGGUCUCAUGGUGGAAGAUGAUCCGUCGCCCUGUGCGUUCGCCGGGAACGGGCGUUUUUGUUUCGGGAACGGGACUGACUGCCGGGGCAAGUGGGAGGGCCCGAAUGGCGGCAUCACGAACUUUGACAACGUUUUCUUCGCCAUGCUGACAGUUUUCCAGUGCAUCACGAUGGAGGGUUGGACAGAUGUUCUCUACUGGAUGAAUGAUGCCAUCGGCUUUGAGAUUCCGUGGGUUUACUUUGUUUCUCUGGUCAUCUUCGGAUCCUUUUUCAUCAUCAAUCUCGUAUUGGGUGUGUUGAGCGGAGAGUUCUCCAAGGAAAGAGAAAAGGCCGUGGCGCGCGGGGAGCUGCAGAAGGCGCAGGAGAGCCAGCAGAUGGAGGAGGACAUGAUAGGCUACAUGGACUGGCUCAUCGAGGCCGAGGAUGUGGACGAAGAGGGAAACAAACGCGCCGCGAUCGCAAAGAAAAAGAUGAUGAAGAAGUUCGGCUGGUACAAACACAACGAGGACGGCGGAGCCGAGUCGGACUCGGAUGAUGACAUAGCGUACCUCGAUGACGACAGCGGCUUCUGUGCGUCUCUCAUGGCAAAGAUGAUGGCGAAUAGCUUCUGUGACCAAUUGUGCCAGCUCAAUCAUACACUCAGGAAGAACUGCCGCGUGGCCGCCAAGACCAACAACUUCUACUGGCUGGUGCUUCUGCUGGUGUUUCUCAACACAGUGGCCAGUGCCUCCGAGCAUUAUGGACAGCCGACGUGGCUCACGGAAAUGCAAGAGCGAGCCAACAAGGUCCUGCUGCUGCUGUUCACUCUGGAGAUGCUCAUGAAGAUGUACGCCUUUGGCCUGCAGAUCUAUUUCAUGGCGCUGUUCAACCGCUUCGACUGCUUCGUGGUGUGCGGCGGCAUCCUCGAGACGCUGCUCGUGGAGCUCGAGUUCAUCCCGCCCAUCGGCAUCUCGGUGCUGCGCUGCAUCCGACUGCUCAGGAUAUUCAAGAUGACUCGGCACUGGGCCGCUUUGUCCGACCUGGUGAACUCGCUGCUCAACUCCAUGAAAGCUAUCUGUUCCCUCCUGCUCCUGCUCUUCCUCUUCCUCAUCAUCUUCGCCUUGCUGGGCAUGCAGUUAUUUGGAGGCAAAUUCAACUUUGACGAGACUCAGAUGAAGAGAAGUACUUUCGACUCCUUCCCUCAGGCUCUGCUCACUUGUUUUCAGAUCCUCACCGGAGAGGACUGGAACGCUGUGAUGUACGACGGCAUUAUGGCCUACGGAGGGCCGAUCUUCCCCAACAUGGUGGUGUGCAUUUACUUCGUCAUCCUCUUUGUCUGCGGUAACUACAUCCUGCUCAAUGUCUUCUUGGCUAUCGCUGUGGACAACUUGGCAGGAGGCGGCGGGAAGACCAAAGUCGAGGACAAAAAGGAAGAAGAAGAAGAAUGGGAUGAGGAUGAUGAGAAAGAGGAUGAAGACGCAGGGAACGACGAGGACGACUGGCAGGAAAAUGAGGAGCUGAGGGCCAUCGAGGGUCUGGAGGGAGUUGCUCCAUUAAAGCCGGAGUUCUCAGGGCCCAAAGAGAAGAUCAUCCCGAUCCCCGACGGGAGCUCCUUCUUCCUUCUUGGAAAGAAAAACUGUUUGCGAGUCGCCUGCCACAACCUCAUCCAUCACCCCUACUUCACCAACUUCAUCCUCGUCUUCAUCAUCCUCAGCAGUAUCUCCCUGGCUGCCGAGGAUCCCAUCAAAUCCCACUCAUUCAGGAACAUUGUGCUCGGCUACGCAGAUUACGUUUUCACUUCGGUUUUCACGGUGGAGAUCGUACUGAAGAUGACGGUCUACGGCGCCGUUCUGCACUCCGGCUCCUUCUGUAGAAACGCGUUCAACCUCCUCGACCUGGUGGUGGUCGGCGUGUCGCUCGCGUCUUUCUUCUUACAUUCAAGUGCGAUCUCCGUGGUCAAGAUUCUCAGGGUGCUGCGAGUGCUCCGGCCUCUUCGUGCCAUCAACAGAGCCAAGGGACUAAAGAAUGUGGUGCAGUGUGUGUUCGUGGCCAUCCGCACCAUCGGCAACAUCUUGAUUGUCACCACGCUGCUUCAGUUCAUGUUUGCCUGUAUUGGAGUGCAGCUCUUCAAGGGCAGAUUCUACAGCUGCACAGAUGAAGCCAAACACACUCCUGUGGAGUGCAGGGGAACGUUUGUGGUCUAUAAAGACGGCGAUAUGAACCACCCCAUGGUGAAAGAGAGGAUUUGGGAAAACAGUGAUUUCAACUUUGACAAUGUGCUGAUGGGCAUGCUGGCUUUGUUCACCGUGUCGACAUUUGAAGGCUGGCCACAGCUCCUUUAUCGGUCAGUGGAUGCCAACGCCAUCAACCGAGGGCCCAUUUACAACUACCGAGUAGAAAUCUCCAUCUUCUUCAUCAUCUACAUCAUCAUCAUCGCCUUCUUCAUGAUGAACAUAUUCGUGGGUUUCGUCAUCAUCACAUUCCGAGAGCAAGGAGAGGCUGAAUUCAAAAACUGUGAACUCAACAAAAAUCAACGCCAGUGUGUGUACUACGCUCUGAAAGCUCAGCCGAUCAAGAUUUACAUCCCUAAAAACCCGUCGCAGCUCAAAUUCUGGAAAAUCAUCAACUCCAGCCAGUUUGAAUACGUCAUGUUUGCGCUGAUUCUGGGAAACACCCUCACUCUGGCUGUUCAGCAUUACGAGCAGUCCAAAGGGUUCACCUCGAUCAUGGACAUCCUCAACAUGAUCUUCACGGUGGUUUUCACCAUCGAGAUGAUUAUCAAGUUACUGGCUCUGCGCGUUCACCACUAUUUCAUCGAUCCGUGGAAUUCUUUUGACGCUUUGAUCGUCGUGGGGAGCGUGUUGGAUAUCGCCGUCUCUGAGUUUAGCGGAGGAGGUGGCCACGGUGAGGGUCCUGGUAAAGGAGAGAGCGGAAAAGUGUCCAUCACAUUCUUCCGUCUAUUCCGAGUCUUGAGGUUGGUGAAGCUGCUCAGCAAAGGAGAGGGCAUUCGCACGCUGCUCUGGACGUUUGUCAAGUCGCUCCAGGCCCUGCCUUACGUUGGCCUGCUCAUCGCGAUGAUCUUCUUCAUCUAUGCUGUGAUCGGCAUGCAGUCAUUCGGGAAAGUGGCCAUCGAUGACGACACGCACAUCAACAGAAACUGCAACUUCCAGACUUUCUUCAUGGCUGUCCUGGUGCUCUUCAGGUGUGCCACCGGAGAGCAGUGGCAGGAGAUUAUGUUGGCAGCUCUGCCCGGUAGACGCUGCGACCCAGAAGCCGACACUGAGCCCGGCGAAGAGUUCAGCUGCGGCAGCAACUUGUCCUACAUCUACUUCAUCAGCUUCUUCAUGCUCUGUGCUUACCUGAUCAUCAACCUGUUUAUUGCCGUCAUCAUGGACAACUUUGAAUACCUGACCCGAGACUGGACCGUGCUCGGCACUCACCACCUGGAUGAGUUCAAGAGAGUUUGGUCUGACUACGAUCCCGAGGCCACCGGGCGUAUAAAACACAUCGAUGUCGUCACGAUGCUGCGUAGGAUUCAACCGCCUCUCGGUUUCGGAAAGCUGUGUCCCCAUCGUGUUGCUUGCAAGAGACUGGUUGCUAUGAACGUCCCCCUGCAUUCCGACGGGACCGUCACCUUCAGUGCUACUCUGUUUGCUCUCGUGAGAACCUCGCUCAAGAUCAAGACUGAAGGCCCCAUCGACAAGCAGAAUGAAGAGCUGAAGUUGAUCAUUAAGAAGCUCUGGAAGCGCACCAAGCCCAAGCUCAUUGAUGAAGUCAUUCCUCCCCCUAGAGGGGAUGAGGUGACUUGUGGGAAGUUUUAUGCCAGCUUCCUGAUUCAGGACUACUUUAAAAAGUACCGUAAGAGAAAGGAGAGGGAGAGGAAAUCCAAACGGAAGGACAGGGCGGCUUCUCUGCAGCUAGGGCUGCGAACGCUGCAGGACCUGGCUCCAGAGAUGCGUUUGGCGAUGGCCUGUGACCUUGAAGAAGAGGAGGGUGCGGAGGGAGAGAUGGCCGCAGAUGAUUUAUUUGACAUCCUGCCAGGAGCCUCCAUGACCAUCAGGCCCCCCAGAACGCCUAUAAACAAGCUGGUGGAGCAGAUAACUGUGCUCAUGGAAAACGAGACCAAGAGAGACAAAGAGGUCGUGGUCACAGAGCAGGUGAUGGGCCUGCAGGAGCACCAGAAACCAGGAUCAGAGCUGGCAGGAGUCAGCGUUGUCAUAGAGCAGCCUGUGAGGUCUGAACCCCUGCCCAUCAGGGAGGACUCCAUCAGUGAGUUGCCUCCUCCUCCUUCUCCUCCUCCUCCUAUAGUUGAGGUGGUAGUCGAAGAACCAAUUGUGGAGACUCCAACCGAAGUAGAGGAGCAGGUGUAUUGCAUUGAAGGGGACGCUGAAAUCCAAGCAUCAGUCGACGGGUACGUGUACCCGGAAGCUGUCUCUCCUCUACCAACUGAGACGGGCUACAAUGGCCAGAGCCUGGAAAGUACCGUCAGCUUUGGGGAGAUACCGUAUGACGCUCCUGUGGCCAAUGGCUUUGAUGGCGACGGUUACAAUGACACCAACAUGAAUGGAGGGAGUGUCACUGCAAGCCCCACUCCCUACGCCACAAAUGGCUACAAUGGGAACGGAUACGCGGGCGACAACGACACCGGGAGCAUCGUCAGCACCAAUGGCAAUGGAAGUACAAUGAACGGAAAUGGCAGCACUUUCAGUGGUUACACUGGGAAUAGCUACAAUGGAAAUGAGAAUGGCACCCAGUUUGUCAGGAGGCGACUGCUUCCUCUCAUACCGCAAGGUCGAAAGCCGUCCUUUAACUUACAGUGUCUGAGGCCACAGAGCAGCGUGGACAACCUCCCCAUCCCAGGGACCUUCCGUGGGAACACAACCCCGUCCAGAUCCUCAGGAAUCAUCGGCCCCCCGGGGCGCAGAGGCAAGCUCGUCUACAGCCCGAUGAUCCUGGUGGACGAAGCCACCGGCAAAAGCCAGCCGAUGUGGAGCGACGGCUCGGCCAGCCUCCCUGCAGGCGGCAGGGCACCUGGCUGGUACCCCGGUCAGACCAGGACCUUCAGCAGCAUGAGGAUGCCACCCGUCAACCAGGGCUUCUUAGACAAAGGCAGUGCAGACAGCCUGGUCGAGUCGAUCCUGAUCUCCGAGGGUCUCGGUGUCUACGCCAGGGACCCGAAGUUUGUGAGCUUUGCCAAGCGGGAGAUUGCCGAAGCCUGCCACAUGACUCUGGACGACAUGGAGAGUGCGGCCACCGACCUCAUAGUUCGCGGGGCCAGCCAGUCGAUUUCUCGUUUUGAGGAGGAACUGGCCGAUGAAAUGAACUGUGUGAUUUCUUACUGAGAUCAACAAAACGAGACAAACACUUUGAGAGAAAGUGAGUGAUUACGUUUUCUCUGGAGGAAAUAAAGAAAGAAAAGAAAGUGGACUGGACAGCUCAAGUGUCAGAAUGAUGUGAUACAAACGGGACAGUAAAAUAUACUUUAACUUGUAAAUGCCAAAACACACACACACACACACACACACACAAUCUCACACACUGGUUUUAAGAUGUCAGUGUGUGGCAGGACUACUCCUGAACACUAAGCCGUGGUUUACAGGGUCCACUGAGGAUGGAGAGAACUGUAGCUCUUAGCAUCAUUAUGUCAGAGGACCAUUUUUUUUGUACUGUACUUGAAUUAUUCUCAAUUUAUACACCUUUAUAACUGUAAAAAAAAAAAAGUAACUAUAGAUGAAUUAAACAUUUAUACCUUGUUACACAAACAAUUGAUAUGUGACCCCAACAGUAUUUGCUA